CCAGCACUGUCCCUGGUCACCAGGCUAACCGAACCUGACAUUGCUGAGGAACUUGCUAGAGGCCUGGGCUGGAGGACAGCUUCCCUGCCACAGUCUCUGUGCUCUGAAGAGGUCUUAGCAAGUCAUUUCUGGAGGACAGAGGUGGAUUCCUGGUCCAAGAGCCUGGCCACUUGGCUUGAUCCUGGUGAGGUCCAGGCAAGGGCUUUGGUGGGGUUGUCCGGCCCACUCAGGGCCUCUGUGUGUCCUUGACCUGGGACAUUUGAGUCCUUCCUGGACCCACUUGACCAUUUGCACACUGAAGGUAAGGACCAUGUUCCAGUUUUCACUGCUUCCUGUCCUUCUGUGUGUGGUGACAGUGUCCUGCUCAGAAACAAAAACCUGUGAUGAUGCCCAGAAGAUCUGUUCAGUGGUUACUUGUGGCAUCCCUGUCACCAAAGGCACCCCAGGCAGAGAUGGGCGAGAUGGACCCAAGGGGGAAAAGGGAGAACCAGGGCAAGGCCUCAGAGGUAUGCAGGGCCCUCCAGGGAAAUUGGGGCCUCCAGGAAACACAGGUCCUACUGGGUUGCAAGGACAAAAGGGACAGAAAGGAGAUCGUGGAGACAGUUCAGUUGCUGAGACUACGCUGGCUAACUUAGAGAGAGAGAUACAGAGCCUGAGGUCAGAACUGGACCUGACCAAAAAGGUGCAAACCUUCUCCCUGGGCAAAAAGUCUGGAAAGAAGCUGUAUGUGACCAAUGGUGAAAAGAUGCCCUUUUCCAAAGUGAAGGCUGUGUGCGCUGAGCUCCAGGCCACCGUGGCUACACCCAAGAAUGCUGAAGAGAACAAAGCCAUCCAGGAUGUGGUCCCCGACGUUGCUUUCCUGGGCAUUACAGAUGAGGUGACUGAAGGCAGAUUUAUGUACGUGACAGGAGGGAGGCUGACCUACAGUAACUGGAAGAAGGGUGAGCCUAAUGACCAUGACAAAGAGGAAGAUUGUGUGAUCCUUCUAAAGGACGGGCUCUGGAAUGACAUCUCCUGCUCUUCGUCCUUCCUGGCCGUCUGUGAAUUCCCAGCCUGAAGAAGUAGGCUCCUUAGCCCAUAGCCCAUUCCUUGACUCUCUGCUGAGUUCUCUGCUACUCUUAAAGAGAAGUUAAUGAUGGUUUUCCCAUG